AUGGCAGGGAACAAUGAAUGCAAAGUUAGAAACUGGGCGGAUAUGGACUACAAUAUCCUUGUGAGGAUAUUUAUGGCCUUGAAUUUUCUGGAUGUGAUAUUUGUUUCUUUCGUUUGUAAAUCCUGGAAUGCAGCUUGCUGCAAUCCAAUCCUUUGGGAAAAGCUUGAUCUGACUCUGCUCAAGUUUAACACUUGUAAUACUCCUCGAAGAUUGACUACUUGGUCUGAUAAUAAAUCAAGCGAAAGACUACUGAAAGUAUUGAAGAGUGCUUUGCGUCUCAGUUGUGGAAAUUUAUCUUCCUUGGUUUUCCAUUUCUCUUUAUUCAUAAACGAUGACCACUUGAUAUGUGCAGCCGAAAGAACCCCAAGGCUCAAACAACUGGUUCUACCAACCUGGAACCUGAUUACAUUGACUGGAUUCGAAACAGCUGUCAGGAAUUGGGUAGGACUUGAAUCCUUUGUUGUUGCAUAUAUUGAUUUUCCUUUUCAAAUCAUGAAGCUAGUUGGAAGUUACUGCAACAUCUCUCAGCUUAAAGUUAUGUGCCCUUCUAAGUUUGACGUAGUAUGUGCAAGGGCCAUUGUUGCCUACACUCCCAAGCUCAAGAUCUUAAGUCUGCAGUGCACAACGGUGCACAAGACAGCUUUGGUUUUUAUAAUGAAUGAAAUGAAGGAUUUGGAAAUUCUGAAUGUGUCGCACUGCACAUUUAUAGACGAUUCUGAGCGUCCCCGAUACUCUUAUGGAUUCGAACAGCUUGGUGAGUCUAUCGUUGCACAAGUCUCCAGGCUAAAGGAGUUUCUUGUGUGUCCGAGACAACAUUGUGAUAUGUGUGCAUGUGGAGUAGUUGAUGGUGAAGAGGCGUCCAUAUGGCAUAGAUUUGAAAAGGAAAUCUGGCGGAAGGAUAAGGUGAGUUCACUUUCAUAUUGA